UUCUUUUAUUGCAUUCAUAAUUCAACAACUAUAACCAUGGCUUUCUCUUCUUCCAAGGCACUUGUUCUUGUAUGCUCCUUUUUCCUAUUUGCUUCUUUGGCUUUUGGACGCGAUUUCUCCAUUGUUGGCUAUUCAUCAGAGGACUUAAAGUCCAUGGAUAAGCUCAUUGAGCUCUUUGAAUCAUGGAUGUCAAAACACAACAAGAUUUAUGAGAGCAUUGAGGAGAAGCUUCUUAGGUUCGAGAUUUUCAAGGACAACUUAAAGCACAUUGAUGAGACAAACAAGGUGGUCAGCAACUACUGGCUUGGUUUGAAUGAGUUUGCUGAUUUGAGCCACCAAGAGUUUAAGAAAAAGUAUUUGGGACUUAAGGUUGAUUACUCUACAAGGAGAGAGUCCCCAGAGGAAUUCUCUUAUAAAGAUGUUGAAUUGCCAAAGUCAGUGGAUUGGAGAAAGAAAGGUGCUGUUACCCCAGUCAAGAACCAAGGUUCAUGUGGUAGCUGUUGGGCGUUUUCCACUGUUGCAGCAGUUGAAGGAAUAAACCAGAUUGUGACUGGAAAUUUGACAUCAGCUGUUCCCUCCGCCAGCUGA